CAGAACUUCGGCACGGACGAGUCGCUCCUCCCCUCGCCCGUCAGCAGCCGCCGUACCUCGGCAACCGACCCGCACCAGCUCUCGGGCACCAUUCCGUCGUCGUACCACGGCGGCCCGCAGCCCGGCGCCUGGGUCGCCGACGACAGCGACAUGUUGCCCGAGGACCCGGUCUCGCCGCUCCUGCCGCCGCCGAAAAUCGUCCAGAAGGCGGAUCGCUCGUGCAAGAAGUGCCGGGAAAGGCGAGUGCGCUGCGGUCGAGAGUUCCCGACCUGUGCGAGGUGCAAGAAGCGGCGCGACACGUGCUCGUUCGGCGAGGGCGUCUACGUGGAGGACACCGUCGAAGGCUCGGACCAGCAGCGCAUCGCCGAUCUCGAGGGCAAAAUCACCACGCUCCAGUCGCAGCUUCGCUCAGCAGCAACUACCUCGACGUCAGCACCCGCACCACGUCCCGUACUCGCCCCGACGUCGUCCAGCUCGAACGCGAGCGUCGUCCGCCCGUCGCUCGCGGCCGACAUCUCGCGCGCCCUCACGGACCUCCUCCCGGCCGGCACCUCGUCCGUCCUCUCGGCCUUUCUCGCCGAGGAGGGCCACAGCGGCGGCAUCACCCCGACGUUCGGCAACGUCGACUUUCGGCUCGCCGGGACCGGGCUCGCCCACGCCGUCACCUGCCACCUGCUCGACUCUGCGACUCGCGCGUGCGACUCGAAGCUGCCCGGGCUCGCCACCAUCUCGUCGCACGUGCCGCUUUUGAAGGCCAACCUGCACGACCUCGCACCGCACGACCAGGUCAACGUCGCCACCUUGUGCGCUCUCGGCGCUCGUACGUCACCGCAUAGCGCUUUCUACGGCAUCGCCUCGAUCACGUCGCCCGAGGGCACGCCCGUCCCUGCGCUGUUCUCGCAAGUCGGCAACCGUCGCGAGUCGCUGUGCAAGAGCCUCGAGAAGCGCGCGCUCGAGACGGCGUGGUCGGCUGGCCUUUUCAAGACGCCGUCGUACGAGGCGGCCGAGGCGGUCGCGGCUCUCGCCGUGCUCAGCAUCUACGAGGAGAACGACCUGGACGAGACGAGGUGGCUCGUGCGGCAAGCGGCGGGCCUGUUCCUCGACGUGCGGCACAACGAGAUGCUCAACGGCACGUCGUCCUCGCUCGGCAAGAACGUCGGUCUCGCCGUCUUUAUGGUCGACGCUCAACUCGCCGUGCAGGGUGGUCGCCCGACCGUCAUCUCGCCGCUCGAGCUGCAGGACUACUGGGCCACGUCGGGCCUCACGAUCCCGGAUCUCGUCAACGCGCACCUGCCCGAGCUCGUCGACGCCAAGUUGCGGUCGACCCUGUCGUUCGCCGACAUCGAGUCGCUCGUCGAGACGAUCCUGUUCCACGUCUACGCGUGCUAUAGGGUCUUUGCGCAAGUCACGAGCCCUGCCCGUCGCUCGAGCUCGAACUCGGUCCUGAGCUUCGUCCGCAACCUGUGGAACCUCGUCGACCAGAUCCACAACGCGAUACAGCGCCUCCAGCAGCAGCUCGUCGCCAUCACGGACCCGCUCGUCGGCUCGGACGGCGACCCUCGAGCCGUCGACCACGCCAUCCUCCUCGUCGUGCGCGCCGACGACGUCCUCGUGCACCUUGUCGGCUACAUCCACGCCUACUUGAUGCGCGACCGCGACUCGGGCAAGUACGGUCCUGAGCGCGAGGGCGACCGUGAGCUUGCGCGGGCGCGAGGCGAGUCGCAGAUGCGCGUGUUCAAGUGCCUCAAGCUCUUUGCCUUCUACUGCCAGCUCUACUGCAGCUCCGAGAACAAGCACAACGUCUUCCACCUCCUCAUGCAGCUCGAGCCGCUCCUGCACUGGACCGAGCUCGUCGCCCUGCGCAUCGGCCAACCUGGCGGGCCCCUCUCGGACGAGUUCGAGGUCAGCGAGGAGGAGGUCGAGUGGUUCCGCAUGGCGCUCGAGUUGAGCCUCUUCUACUCGCCUCGACUCGCCCUCACGCUUCAAGCCCUCGUCUCGGCGCGGCAAAAGUGCAUGCACAAGGCGUCGCCGGCGAUGUUCCCGGUCCAAGCUGCGCCCGUGUUCGCCCCUCCUGCCCCUCCUCCCUCGAACCUCUCGAUGCCGCACGCCUCGUUGCACGACCCUUCCCUCACCUCGCCUGCCGCCGCCAACGACAACGUGCGCUACCCGUACUCGCCGGCGAACACGCCCUUCAACGUCGGCGGACCCGUGUCGGCGCUGCAGCAUGGCGGCCCGACCCACUUGCCCUCGACCUCGUCGUCCUCGUCGACGCCGCACCCCUUCUCGUUCAGCCAGCACCCGCCGACGCACAUGUCGUCGUCGUCGUCGUCGUCGAUGCCGCAGGCUGGGCCGAUGAUGGUCGGGCAGGAAGGGUUCGCCAACGGCGCGGCCGACGACCUGUCGGGCAGCACGACGCCGGCCGACGUGCGGAGCGCGUUCCAGUCGGUCGACUGGGCCGACCUGUCGCUGACGCCGGCGCCGGCGACGGCGGCGAGCGACGGGAGCGCCGGCUCGACCGAGGGGUGGGCCCAGGUCGGCGGCGGCGGCGGCGCGAGGCCGAGGUCGUCGGGCUGAGGGGUCCGAGCGGCGCUUUUCGGGAGACAGGCUCUCCCACGCAGCUUCUGUUGGAGCGUCGACCUCUCCUCUUUCUCUCCCUCUCUCGCCUGUACAUGGUCUGCAACUCGUUCGCCCG